ACAAACAUGGCGACAUCUCGGGAACUGGACGCAAAGAAUUAUCUGGAGAAACAUAAAAUAUUAGAACUUAUGGAUAACCUUACGAGUAUGCUCUUCUUCCACAGACCAGAAAGACCCUGUGAGUUUUUGAUAACUCAACUUGAGAGGCUGAAAUUAGCCAGAACAACAUCUAGGGAUUAUCCUUGUCUAUUUAAUGAAUCAAAUUUGGAGGCGAUUUUUGGAAUACUGGAUCCCACAAGGCAAGGAUAUAUUACUCUCGGACAGUAUAAAGAAGCGCUGAAUACCAUAGGGUUAAAACAGUUUGAUGCAUUUCCACAAGGAGCAGAUUACAACAGAAUAACACUGGAAACAUUCAAGAAAGAAGCGAAGGAUGGAUUAAUAAAGUCUUCUGCGACUUUUAAAUCAUGACAACACAAAUGAUUUCUGUAUCACUGUAACCUACUGUGUAUGUUGCACAUUGACCUGAUCUUGUGAAGUUUACCUUCAUUAAUUUUUUACAAUCAGCAUGCACAUUUAGCAAAUAAAGAUGCAGUGCUUAUGAAAACUAAUUUAUUUUGCUUUUUACAGUAAUUUGACAUUUUUAACAUUAUUACGUAUAGGUCAUAUACCAAUUUGUUCAUAGUGCUGCCAUUUUACACAUAGUAACGCAUCUAAAUUGUGAUUAAAUAUGCUUUGAAAAUUUUAACACAAGUUAUUGAAAGUCAUAAUCUGGUUAUCUAUGAUGUAAUAUUUUUUCAUCACAUCACAUGCUUAUAUACUUAGUCAUGAUGAGACUUGUGUAUUAACAGCUAUGGUUUCUGGGGUUAAAUGCCAGUGACUUAUUUGUUUAUAUCUUUGUCAGGGGAUAUGCUUUACACUUAAAUACCUGUAGUUCUGUUUUAUCUAGUUCUUUUUGUCUUACCUAAUUUGUGAGAACAUAUUGUCACAGAUCAAAUCUUAGAGAAACAGGUCUUUAUAAAAAGUGCAGCAUCAUUUAUUCAUAACUGAACUUUGAAAUCUGAAUUUAAAACACGCAUUUAUGGACACCUUACAGGUAGGCUGUUUCAAGUUAAAUUUGCCAUUAAGCAAGCUUGUAUUUUAGCUGUAUUCUAUUAUUAUGAAGAGGCGUAGGUUUACAAAUGUGUGCAUGCAUUAAAUGUGCCAGAUUGUGGUGAUUGGGAGUAGUGUGGGUACAUUUAUACUUUUAAAACACUAAAGAAAAUGUGGGCCCUUAACACCUUAUUUAGACCACAGAACAUUCAGGUGGUUAAU